AUGUUUAAAAAAACUUUUCCAAAAUAUUUACUCAUAGCUUUAGCAAUAAUAUUCUGUUUUCAUUUUCUAUUUACGUAUUUCAAUCCAAGUGUGAAAAAUCCUUGGAGUAUAAUAACUGAAGAUCAUUAUAUUGAUUCCGGCAAGGAUGCCCCAAUUAUUAAUAAUGAAAAAGCAACAAAUAAUAAAAUAAGUACUGGACCACGCACUAUAACAAAAUCUAUAUUUAAAACAAAGAUCUUAACUAUGACCAGUACUGUAACCGUUGAAAACACCAUUCAACCAACUCAAGUGCAAGAAGAAGAAAUAAAACAAACAGAAACUUUUGAAAAAGAAGAACCAACAAAACAAGAAACAAUUCCACCUCGUAAAGCAAAGGCAGCAUUUGUUGUAUUAAUAAGAAAUGACGAUUUGAAAAGUUUCAGAUACACAAUGGUUCAACUUGAACAACGGUUUAAUCGUAAAUAUAAAUACCCAUACGUAUUCUUAAAUGACGUACCAUUCACCGAAGAGUUUAUGAAUCAAACUAGAAGUUUAACCGAGGCAAAUUGUGAAUUUGUGGAGCAUUGGAGUGUACCGUCUAGUAUUGAUAAAGAACUUAUGGAAUCUGCGAUGAAACAAAUGGCUGAAGAACGUGUAAUUUAUGGCGGAAGUCUAAAUUAUCGACACAUGUGCAGAUUUGAAUCAGGAUUCUUUUAUAGACAUGAAUUGUUGAAAAAUUAUGAUUAUUAUUGGAGGGUCGAGCCUGGAGUUGAUUUCUAUUGUAAUAUAGAUUUUGAUCCAUUCUUAUAUAUGCAAGACAAUGAUAUUAAAUAUGGAUUUACAAUAUCGUUAUAUGAAUACCCAAGAACAAUAGAAUCACUGUGGGGUACUGUAAAGGAAUUCAUAGAAAUGUACCCAGAAUACAUUGAAGAAGAUAAUUGGAUGGAUUUCGUAUCAAAUGACGAAGGAGCAACUUAUAAUUUUAGAAAUAAAGCAAUUUCACCAGGAAACUUACCUAAACCAUUGACACCAGAACAUCAAAAUCUGGGAGAUUUAAUUAUUUCAAUACCAUAUGUAAUCAAUUGGUGUAAAAGAAAUAAUAAAUAUUAUACUACUUGUCAUUCAUUUAAGAAAACUAAAAGAUGUCUUAAUAUUGAAAAGAGAUUGAUAGAGUUAUAUGUACAUGGUGUACUACAUUUGCUUGGUUAUGAUCAUGAAAGUGAUGAUGAUUAUUUAAUGAUGAAUAUGAAAGAAAAAGAAAUGUUGAAACAAUUUUGGAAAUGGAAAAAAGAUUCAAGAAACAGAAAAUAA